CAAGAGACAAGAGACAGGAUACAGAUACCAGAGACAGGAUACCCUCCGUCUCCCCAUGACCGUCGCAGCGCAGACUCCCAUGCAGCGAGCGUGGCCGCAGCCCUCGCAUCCGGCCGCCGUCCGCGUCGUCUCCUCCCGCCUGCUCGCCUCCAUCGACCAGCACGAAGACGCAGACGCAGACGCAGACGCAGACGCAGAUGCAGACACAGACUCCUCUGCAGACGAUGAACGGGAGAAGCAAAAGGCCGCCUCCUUCUGUCUGACCGCCGUCGCCGCCCGCGAUAUCCCAGCCGCCUCGCUCGUCGCCCGCAACUCGUCCACCACCCUCGCCGCCGUCAAGGCCUACUCGACCGUCCAGGUCUCCCGCAACGCCCACAUCGAGCUCAACUCCGACCUGCUCUACUGCAACCACUCGUGCGACCCCAACGUGCGCUUCGUCACGUCGACGCUGGCGGCAGACAGCCUGGCCGGCCCGCCUGGGGCUCCCGUCGCCGGUGCGCUGGAGGUCUGGAGCACCCGCGCCAUCCCCGCCGGCGAGGAGCUGCGCUUCUUCUAUCCCAGCACCGAGUGGGAGAUGUCGCAGCCCUUUCGCUGCUCGUGCGGCGCCAGCCAGUGUCUCGGCUGGGUCGACGGCGCGAAGAAGACGGCCGCUGAGGUGCUGCAGCGGUACUGGCUGAGCGACCACAUCAGGGCGCUGCUCGGGGAGAGGGAGCGCAAUUGACCAUAGACCAUAGAAUAGACUGCCAUCAACUGCUGUACAGAGUAUUGUUGAAUAUAAAAAUAAUCGAUAGCUAUUGAUAUAGAAUGACAUCAUGAUCCUGGUUGAAUCCGCCGGUACUAUUUUAUAUAUCCCAGGCGAUAAAACAUCACCAACAUCCCACAUCUUCAAUUGAUACACCCGCAUCUACAUCUACAUCUACAUUUAUUCUUUAGAUAUUCCUAGAUAUUCCUAGAUAUUCUUCUUAGACUGUCUUAUUGUGAUA